AUGACUCGGCCCCAAACACUGCAAAAUGGUAGCGAUUCCGCUACCAAUGGUCACGCACAUGGAUCCAAUGGCAAUUCCCUCAAUGGAAAUGGUCAUAUUCGGCCAUCUACCACUGGUUCGCUCGACUUAACCGUUCUGGGGAUGAACAGUGGCACUGCAAUGGACGGUAUCGAUUGUGCACUUGUUCGAUAUCGCCAGGAGUCUCCAGAUGCACCUCUACACAUGGAGCUCGUUAAGUAUGAUGAGAUGCCUGUACCUCAAUGGAUCAAGAAACCCGUUCUCACGAUGCUUCGGGAAACCAAGACGACUCCCUCAAAAAUGUCGCAACUCAAUGUGCAACUUGGACAGAUGUUUGGUGAUGCCGUUAAGGAGUUUUGCGACAAGCACAAGAUAUCUAUGGACAGCAUUGACCUCAUCGGAUCGCAUGGACAGACUAUUUGGCUUCUCUCCAUGCCAGAAGAGGGGGAAACGCGCUCUGCAUUUUGCCUUGGAGAGGGCACAGUUAUUAGUGCCAUAACCGGUGUUACGACUGUGACAGAUUUCCGAAUGGCAGAGCAAGCCGUGGGUAGACAGGGUGCUCCAUUGGUCGCUCUGAUCGACGGCCUUCUGCUCCAUCACCCAACCAAGUGGCGUGUCUGUCAGAAUAUUGGCGGAAUUGCCAAUCUUUGUGUCAUUCCCCCUGAUUGCGAGGGCGGAGUGGACGCAAUGGUAGACUGGGAUUGCGGCCCUGGCAACAUGUUUAUUGACAACGCUAUGAGAUACUUUACUGACGGCGAGAUGGAAUACGACAAAGACGGCGAAUGGAGCGCAAGAGGCACUGUGCGCCAGGACAUCGUGGAUAAGUUCCUCAGUACAAAUACGUACUGCAACCACACCCCUCCCAAGACCACAGGACGGGAAACAUUUGGCGACAAUGAAGGCCAAGAACUGAUCGACGAGUGUCUUGCUGCCGGGUGCGACAAGUAUGACACUCUAGCAACCAUUACUCGGAUAACGGCCCAGAAUAUUAUUAAGCAAUACCGCACGUUCUUCCCUCGGUUCGGCAUCCGCGUGGAUCAGAUUGCAGAGAUUUACAUGUGCGGUGGUGGCGCCCGAAACCCGACCAUCAUCAAAUAUCUCAAGGAGCAGCUUCCAGAUACUGAUAUCCGGGCGCUAGAUGAGACCGGAGUCCCAUCGGAUGCCAAGGAGGCAGUUUCUUUUGCUCAACAAGCGAUGGAAGCCAUCUUGGGGCGUUCAGCUCUGGUUCCUGUGAAUAGUGACAGUCUAGUGCCUAACACCAUCUCAGGCAAGAUUGCACCUGGUAGGAGAUGGCGCGACAUUAUGGCAUCGAGUAUGAGGUUUGGUGAGGGUCGCUCAGCCUUGCCUACAGUCAAGGAAAUGGUCGUAGAGCGGCCUUACACUGCAUGGAAAGCUAUGCAAGCUUUUGACUGA